CCCCGCGUCCCCCUGGCCAUCAGUUCCGAACAUGUUCGACCGGUGAGACGCCGCCAUUUUUAGCCUAGAGGGGAGUGAAGGUGGUGGAAGCGGGAGGAGCCUUGAGUAAUCAUUUCCCAGGAAGAAUGACUGCUCCAACAGCAGAGGAGAGGAAGACCUGUUGGGGAGCGAGGGAUAAGUACUGGCAAUGUCUGGAUGAGAAUAAUAAGGAUUCUUCGGAGUGUCAGAAGUUAAGAACAGUAUUUGAGAGCAGCUGCCCACAGCAAUGGAUAAAAUAUUUUGACAAAAGAAGAGACUAUUUGAAAUACAAGGAGAAAAUGCAAAGGGAAGGAUUUCAGCCUCAGGAGAAUGUCACCAAACUAUAACCAUCUGCAGCGGAUACGAUGCUGGGGCAGCCAGCUUUCAGAGACAAGAUGGCUGCCAGUAUCCUGCUGUGACAUACUUUCCACAGUAGCUGAAAUCUUUGACCCUGAAAUUACUUGCAGCUGCUGAGGAAGUCGAUGGUUGAGAGAUCGGCUGUGGUUGGUGGGCAGUGGCUGUGAACCUUGUAAUUAACAAUUCCACCCGGUUUCAGCAGUGGCGUUUCAGUAGUGUUGCUGUCGGUCACGACUUACCAAUCUUGCACGGCUACAUUUUGGAGAAGGGCGUUUACAACUGGGUACACUCGUGGCUUAAGACUUCCUCUCUCCAGUACUUAUGGUGAAAUUGUAAUUAUGUUUUAUAUCGAACAUGUGAAUGAUGAGUAGGAGUAGGCUAUUCAGCACCUUGAGCCUGCUCCGCCAUUUGAUAAGAUCAUGGGUGAUCUGAUUGUGGCUUCAACUCCACUUUCCAGUCUAUCCAUCAUAACCUUUGACUAUUUACAAUUUCACUACAGAUAGCAAGCAGAAGAUAUCGUGUUCCUAGGAGAACACCAUUACGCUAUGUUCUUGGUGGAAUGAUACACUGAUCAUCUUGCUGUCACAUUGUGCCACUAUUGGUUGUUGCCAGUCUACUUAGCACCUUGGUCACAGUGUGGUGUAGAAAAAAAUUGCACCGAGGAAACGAUUCACUUUUCUGCUGCCAGGUCCACUUAAAUCACUGCAAAUUUCUUCCUGCCCCAGCGACUGAGCUGUGACCACCCAUCUGUUAACUUACUUCAAAGUGCACUCUCCAGAUAUAAGACAGGUUUUGAAGGUCAAAAUGUAAAACUUUGUGGUAAGUACCCAUGGUACAAAAUUUCUCAUCCGCCCAUCGCAUUGAGAAAGAUGGGUUGAAUGUCUUUCUCCUGUCUCUUAAUGCGCUUGGAAAGCAUUUCAAUCGUAAGUUACUGAUUUUUUCCCCCCCCCCUUUAUACGUUAAUCUUAUGGAAUUUUUAUGCUUUUCAUAUAUUCCUUGUCAGAGGUGAUCUAAUUGAAACAUAUAAAAUUCUUAAGGGUAGAUGCUGAGAGGUUGCUUCCCCUGGCUGGGGAACCUGGCACACAGGGUCAGUCUCAGAAAGCCUAGCGCAAUCACUGAAUAAAUUAUUUUUAAAAUCGUACUCAACGCUUUUUAAAUUAAUUUUGUGAGACCUGAAUUUUCUAGCAAAGAAUAGCACAUCAGAAUGUUAACUAGACAGGGUAAUCUGCCAAUGGCUGAAUGCAGUACGGAGAUAACGUUCCCCCUGCUGGCUUGCCAGUGUGAUAUGAGCUGGAUUCCUGUCAGCUGAGAACUCCCCAUAUUCAUGAUUAAACUAUUUAAAUGUAUUUAUUUUAUUUUAAAUAGAUACUAUUCCCCUUUUAACUGUACACUUUACUUUAAAAGCAAAGCAAUUUUAUAGAAAACGGUCUUGAGAAAUCUUGAUUUUGCAAUUUGUCACUUCAAAUAGCCUUCAUUUAAUAUUUGCAUACAGCACAAAAAUAUUCAGCUAGCACAUGGGUUUGGAGAAAUAGAAUUUUUGACAUAUGGAGAAAGUGAAUUAAACAAUUUGUUGAGUCUUUCUGCAGCAGAAGUGAUUUCUGACGCUGUCCAGGGUCAGGCUAAGGACCUUGACAGAAACAGAUUCAGUGCUAUCACUAGGUUUAGUGAACAUAUUGAUUCCAAUAUAUUAGGCAAAAAAUGCAUAUAAGCUGACACUCUUAACUGUUGUGUGAUAUUUUUAAACUGCUCCUCUCACUAUCAUCGCCAGUGACAGACUUGCCCCUUUUCAAGUACAAGCUAACUUUCAAAGGAUAGAAUCUGCUGGAUGUCUCUUUUCAAAGCUCAGGUGGGUGCAGUGCGAGCGAUUCACUCUCACACUGUUAUAUUUUACCAAAAUCCUACUGGCAACACAGAUUGUACCCAAAGAAACGUCACUGCUUAAUCAGAUUGAAACCAGUAUGUGCGCAGCGCAGCCUGUAAAUAAAGAUCAUGGGGAAGACUCCAAUGUGUUGGCAGGGACACCAUUUUGUUCAAUUCCCAUUUCACAUUCAGCCAUCGUAAAAGAACGCCUUUACCACUUCACUGGAAAUAGCAACCAGAGAAAAUCUUCCCCAUGUGUCUUAGAUGCAAAGUGACCAGAUAGAUCCUCCCAAUCCCUUCCUCCUGCCCACUCUGGGAAUGGCUGCUGUAAAUAGCUUUCACUGUUAUACUCCUCCUGGCUCAGUUCCACUCAUAUUUCUAUCUCAUGUCUUUAAUCAGUGCAUUGGCAACAUUAUACCCCCACCUUGCUCCAAUUAAAAGCUGUUGGAAAAUGAAAACUUCAAGUAGUUAUUUCACUGGACCCACAAUCGGGGCUGCUGGAUGAAUCUGUGGUCCAUUUGACCCUUGGACUGUCUUCAUGCAAAAAUGACAAAUUAAGUACUGUAAAUCAUAAAUUUUUGUAUCUUACUGCAAUCAUGAUGCUUUGAGAAAUAAAGUCUAUACAUUGUUCUCAA